GGUGGGUGUGUGAAGAAGAGGCCACCGAAUGCAUUGCCUGGCAACGCGUCUGGGAUCUGCCGCAUUCCGUCCCGAGGACUCGGCGGGAGAAUGUUUCUUUUCUGUCGUUACGUCUAAAGCGGCGCCUGCGGAACGGCGCCUUUUAUUUCCAUUUCUUCCCUUCCCUCGGAGCGGGGAGGAGGAGAGGAAUUCGCUGGGCUUGGAAACUUGCUGCUACCAGCAGACGACGCUCCUUCCUCUCUGCUUUCCGUCCAAGCCGGCGGAAGGCAGCUCGCCUCCCUCUCGCACGGCAGAGCCAGCUUGAAAUAAAAUCCAAUUUCAUUUGAAAGAAGCAUUUCCUGGUCUCUCAUCAGUAUUGGGACUAAGUGAUUUGGCUGUUCCUGAACCCCUGGCGGUCUUUUGCCCAUAACAAUUUGGUGACCCCAAAGAGACCACACUGCUUGAUGUUGCCAAGGCCCUGAUACCCUUAAACCUGACCAAAGGAGCAACACAGGCCACUUGUGAAAAAUGCCUACAGAUGCUCCGAGACAUGUGGGAGUGUGGCGACAAACCAGAGCUCUUUUAUACAAGAACUGCCUAGUUAAAUGGAGGACGAAAAAGAGCAGUGUUCAGGAAGUCCUACUUCCACUUUUCUUUUUAUUUUGGCUAAUAUUAAUGAGCAUGAUGUAUCCAAACAAGAAAUAUGAUGAGGUGCCUGAUUCUGAUCUUUAUUCUGUGGAUCACUCCAGCAUCUCUGAGUUAAUUGUUGGCUACACACCAGCGAAUGAUGAGACAAGAAAAAUCAUGCACAAAAUGUCUGCAGAAUACUUUACAGAAGGAAUCAUUACAGAAGAAUUUCUAAGUGAGGAGGGAAUGCAAGAGGCUAAUCUUCGUAACCCUCGAAAAUUUGUGGGUGUAGUUUUCAAGGAUUCUAUGUCCUACCAUCUCAGAUUUCCUCCUGCAAAGGUUCCAGUAUCUGCAAUUUAUAUGGAAUCCAGAGCCAGCUGCCCAAGCCCUUCCAAGAUAUGUGAAGCUGAAACGUACUGGCGCAAUGGAUUCACUGCUCUACAGAUCAGUAUUGAUGCAGCAAUUAUACAGCUGAAGACAAAUCAUUCGCUAUUGGAAGACCUGAAACUAACAAACGCGGUCAUGAUGGGAGAGUCUGCCAUUAUGGAAAUAGACAAUUUCCCUCGUGCAAUCAUUUUAAUUUAUUUAGUAAUUGCCUUUUCCCCCUUUGGUUAUUAUUUGGCAAUUCAUAUCGUGGCAGAAAAGGAGAAGAAAUUGAAAGAAUUUUUAAUGAUCAUGGGUCUCCACGACACUGCCUUUUGGCUUUCUUGGGUCCUACUGUAUACCAGUCUGAUAUUUGUCAUGUCCCUUCUCAUGUCGGUCAUUGCAACAUUCUCUUCGCUCUUUCCCAAAAGUAGCAGCUUUGUGAUAUUUCUUCUUUUUUUCCUAUAUGGAAUAUCUUCCGUUUUCUUUGCAUUUAUGCUGACCCCUCUCUUCAAAAAAUCAAAAUAUGUCGGUACGGUUGAAUUUCUGACCACCCUGGCUUUUGGUUUUGUGGGCCUGGCAAUCGUCCUGCUGGAGGAUUUUCCAAAGUCAUAUGUCUGGUUACUAAGUCCUCUGUGUCAGUGCACAUUUUUGGUUGGUGUUGCACAGGUGAUGCAUCUGGAAGAUUAUGAAGAGGGAAGCAUUUUCUCAAAUUUAAGCCAUGGUCCUUACCCUCUAGUUAUUGCACUUUCACUAUUGGCCCUGGACAGCAUGCUUUAUCUACUCCUAGCACUUUACCUGGAUCAGGUGAUUCCAGGAGAAUAUGGACUGCGGAGAAACUUUUUUUUCUUCCUGAAACCAUCGUUUUGGUUAAAGCGAACCAGAAAUUAUAAAGAAUUGUAUGAGAGCAGCAUUAACGGGACCUUAGAUUUCAAUGAGAUAAUUGAACCGGUAUCCUCUGAAUUUCAGGGGAAAGAAGCUAUCAGAAUCAACUGUGUACAGAAAACAUUUGUUAAGAAAGGUGAAACUGUCGAGGCUCUAAAAAGUUUAUCCUUUGACAUAUAUGAGGGUCAAAUAACAGCAUUACUUGGACAUAGUGGAACAGGAAAAACAACCUUAAUGCACAUUCUUUGUGGAUUGUGUCCACCUUCUGAUGGUUUUGCAUCAAUCUAUGGAUAUAGAGUUUCUGAAAUAGAUGAAAUGUUAGAAGCAAGAAGAAUAACUGGAGUUUGCCAGCAGCUAGAUAUAUAUUUUGAUGUAUUAACAGUGCAAGAAAAUUUGUCAAUAGUUGCCUCAAUUAAGGGGAUACCCCCCAAUGAUAUGAUACAAGAGGUCCAGAGAGUUUUACUAGAUUUGGAUAUGCAGCCCAUAAAAGAUAACCAAGCAAAAAAGUUAAGCGGAGGACAGAAAAGGAAGCUGUCAAUUGGAAUUGCGAUUCUUGGAGAUCCAAAGGUAUUACUCUUAGAUGAACCAACUGCUGGCAUGGAUCCGUGCUCACGGCACACAGUUUGGAACCUGUUGAAAAACGGAAAAGCCAAUCGCGUGACGGUGUUCAGUACCCAUUUCAUGGAUGAAGCAGACAUUCUUGCUGAUCGGAAAGCUGUGAUUUCUCAAGGAAUGCUGAAAUGCCUUGGCUCCUCUCUGUUCCUUAAAACAAAAUGGGGGAUUGGCUACCGCUUGAGUAUGCACAUAGACAGGUACUGUAACACAGAAGGUACAGCAUCUUUGAUCAGACAACAUAUCCCUGGAGCCAGUUUGUUAAAGCAGACUGAAGAGCAGCUUGUGUAUGCCUUACCUUUUAAUGACAUGGACAAAUUUUCAGCACUGUUUGCUGAUCUAGACACUCACUCUCAUUUGGGUGUCAUUUCUUAUGGAGUAGCCAUGACGACUUUGGAGGAUGUGUUCCUCAAGCUGGAAGUUGAAGCAGAAAUCGACCAAGCAGAUUUCAGUGUAUUUAACCCAGAGCAAGCUGAAGAGGAAAUGGAUGAGAAAUCUGUUGAUGAGUUAGAGCAGAGCCUACUACUGCUAUCCGAGACGAAAUCUUGUGCAGUGAGCAAUAAGUCUCUUUGGAAAAAGCAGGUCUUUACCAUGGCGAAAGUACACUUCCUUAACUUAAAACGAGAGGUUAAAUCAGUGGCAGCGGUAUUCUUGCUAUUCGCAGUGUUUCUUCUUAUUCAGAUUCUUAUGUUCCUUAUACACCAUUCCUUCAAAAACGCAGUGAUCCCUAUCAAACUCUCCCCAGAUUUAUAUUUUCUUAGCCCCAAUGAAACUCAUCACAAAUACAAAACCAGCCUCCUCAUUCAAAACUCUACAGGGUCAAACAUUGACGACAUCCUCAGAUCUCUUAGGAGCCAGAAUAUUCUGACAGAGAUACUCAAUGGCAGUGACUACGGAUCAGCUGACUCCCAUGGAACAGCAUUGAAUGGCAGUGAUUACAUCUCAUUUGCUCCACAUAAUGCAGUAUUAAACGUGUUGCAUGAUGACAAGAACUACAUGUUUACAGUGGCUUUUAACCGUACAAUGGUGCAUUCUUUACCUGUUAUGAUGAAUAUCAUUAGCAACUUGUACCUGCACAAUUUAAACGUAACCGAAAGGAUCCAUGUCUGGAGUAACCCUUUCUUUCAAGAAAUUACUGACACAGUUUUCACACUAGUUCUGUACUUUGAGGCUGUGUUACUAGGAGUCAUUGUAACUGGGAUGCCGCCAUAUUUUGCCAUGGAGAACGCAGAAAAUCACAAGAUCAAAGUCUACACUCAACUUAAGAUCUCAGGUCUUUAUCCAUCUGCAUACUGGUGUGGACAGGCGCUAGUUGACAUUCCUUUAUUUUAUAUUAUUCUCCUCCUCAUGAUGGGUAGCUUAUUUGUAUUUCACCAUGGAGUUUAUUUUUUCCCUGAAAAGUUUAUUGCUGUGAUUUUUUGCCUCAUUGGCUACGUACCAUCAGUAGUUCUGUUCAAUUAUGUUGUCUCCUUCACCUUUAAAACGAUUCAAAACACCAAAGAAUUUUGGUCAUUCAUUUUUUCAGUGGCAGCCUUGGUUUGUUCUGUUGUCAUCGAAAUAGCGUUUUUUAUGGUGUACUACACAACAGCGGCCGUCCUUCACACCUGUUUUUCUGUCUUUAUUCCAAUCUAUCCCCUUAUUGGAUGCCUCAUUUCUUUUAUAAAGAUAGCCCGGAAACUUGAUAACAAGAUGGAAAGGAAUUCAGAAAGAUUGCUGGUUUCAGUAGUAGCGCCUUAUUUGCAAUGUGUAAUUUGGCUCUUCCUUCUACGAUAUCUUGAGGUGAAGUGUGGAGGCAAAUCGUUGAGAGAGGACCCAUUUUUCAGAACUCCCGUGAAAGUGAAGCCCUGGAAGUUCCCAGAUGUGCCACAUAAUGAAGAUGAGGAUGAAGAUGUUAUGGCUGAGCGGUUGAGGGUUAAGGAGAUGACAACCUGCCAGAGCUGUGAGGAGAAACCAGCAGUUUUGGUCAGUAAUUUGCAUAAAGAGUACGAUGAAAAGAAAGAUUUUCUUCUUGGAAGGAAAAUAAAGAAAGUGGCAACAAACCAUGUCUCUCUUUGCGUAAAAAAAGGGGAGAUUCUGGGACUGUUGGGCCCCAAUGGAGCUGGGAAGAGCACACUCAUUAAUAUAUUGGUGGGAGAAGUCGAACCAACUUCAGGCCAGGUGCUGAUGGGAGAUUAUUCCUUAGGUGAGAAUAAUGAGGAUAGCUCCAUGAGAUUUGUGGGAUACUGUCCUCAGACAAACCCCCUCUGGCCUGAUAUUACAUUGCAGGAGCAUUUUGAAAUUUAUGGUGCCAUCAAAGGAAUGAAUGAAAGCGACAUGAAUGAAGUCAUAAAAUGCGUUUCCAGUGCACUUGACUUCAAGGAACAUCUUCAGAAAAGGACAAAGAAACUUGGAGCAGGAAUCAAACGGAAGCUAUGUUUUGCCUUAAGUAUGCUUGGUAACCCUCGUAUUACUCUACUAGAUGAGCCAUCUACUGGUAUGGACCCCAAAGCAAAGCAACAUAUGUGGAAAGCGAUUCGUGCAGCUUUUAAAAGUAAAGAGAGAGCAGCCAUUCUGACAACUCACUAUAUGGAAGAAGCAGAGGCUGUGUGUGAUCGUGUUGCAAUCUUGGUGUCUGGAAAAUUAAGAUGCAUUGGUACAGUUCAACAUCUCAAGAGUAAAUUUGGCAGAGGAUAUUUCUUAGAAAUGAAACUGAGACAUGUGCCGCUUACAGAGAAGAAGGAGUACCUUCAGAGGGAGAUUCUGCGCAUCUUUCCAAAUGGAACUUACCAGGAAAGUUUUGAAUCUAUUUUGGCUUACAAAAUCCCAAAGGAAGAUGUCCACUCACUUGCAUUAUCGUUUUCUAAACUGGAGGAAGCAAAACAUGCGUUUGAUGUUGAAGAGUACAGCUUCUCCCAAGCAACACUUGAACAGGUAUUUGUGGAACUUGCAAAAGAGCAAGAGGAGGAAGACAGUGGUUUUGGAACACUAAACAGCACUCUUUGGUGGGAACGAGCGCAGGAGAGAGUGGUUUUCUGAUCUGGUCUGCGUUGUAGAAUUUUACCAGUUUCAUUCUUCAACUUUUUUUUUAAAGGACUGUUCCCCCCCCCCCCCCGUCUUUGUUUCCUUCCUUUGGAAUGUGUAUGAGCACAGUGAAUCGGAAACAUAUUUCCAAACAAUUCUAAGUAUAACACUGAUUUCACCUAAAAAUGCAAAAUGGAGCCUAUUCACCUUCUUUGCCUUACAUACAUCAACAUUAUAAAUGUCUUUUAUCUAUGACUUGCUCUUUUUAUGUGAAACGUUUUGUAGCCAUGGCAGAAAGAGGGCAGAUUAGAAUUUAAUUUUGGGGGUGCAAUAUAUGCUUUCUACUCUAGAAUUUCAUAUACCAAAUUGCAUCAGUCAGUACAAGUAUGUGGUAUCCUCUUUAGCAGAAGACAACUACAGAUUUUUAAAAUUUAUGAUUACAAGGCAUUUAAAUGUGCUGCAGUUCAUGAAGCUUGAUUUCAAGAACCACCUCUGAAGAAGUUGUAGGGAGAACAUUUUGCGACACUACUGAGCAGUCUACAGUAUAGUAAUCGGUUUAUAUGGAUAUUUUUCAGAGGAGAUUUUUGCUAAAGACCAUACUGACAUGGUUCCGGUUCAACCUGGUAACUCCUGUCAAUUUGCACACAUUUUUAUGUAAGCUAAAUCAUAAGAGAAAGCAGUUCCCUAGACUAGCAGGUAUUAUUCAGGUGGCUCAAAGCUCAGGUACACCUCAAUUUGUAAUAAACCACAAAAUAGAAUACUUAGCAUUUAUUUAAUCUUCUUCAAACUUCUGGGGAAAUUCAUAUUGGAAUUUUCUUUGUAUGCUAAGUGCUCAAGUUGAUCUUACUGUGCAACCCAAAGUAAGGAAGUCUGCCCGGGGACAGGAACAUUGGCAGUUCUGGCAUCACAGACUCCCAUUUCAUACAGUCCCCAUUGUAUGAUGGCUGAGAAAAGGGGAGCAAGAGCAUCAGAAGGCACAAGGACACGUCCAUGAUAGCCCCAACCCACAGCAGCAAAUUCAGACGCAGCUCCCAGCAGCAAAGGCUGAUCCACCCAGUACACACAUGACCAGACAACACAUGACACUCACACUCACUGUGAUACUGUAAAUACACUUAGCACCAGCAGUGCUGCAGCUGGGUGGAAAUCAACACCUUGUCAUUUCCACUUCAGGUCCCUAAACACAGCACUCACACCACCAAAACACACAACAACAGGCAGAUCAUUUUUUUAAAGCCCUUUAUUGUUACGAUGGAACCAGCUACACUGUCAAACAAUCGACACCUUCUCAUUUCCACUUCAGGUCCCUAAACACAGCACUCACACCACUGAAACACACAACAACAGGCAGAUCGGUUUUUUUUAAGCCCUGUAUUGUUACGAUGGAACCAGCUACACAGUCGAACAAAAUACCUCUGUGCACCUUGUUGGGAAUCCCUCUAGAAUGACAUGUGUGCAUGUUGGCUUGGUGUGCUUACAUCUGCAACCUGAGCGGAGUAGCAGAAGUUUAUUUACAUUUGUAUCAUAAAAAUAUAUAUCAAAGCGGUUUACAGCAAUAAAAACAUAAAAUGGGGCCUGUGGUUGUCCAUGGGUGGGCUGGCUCUUUUGUUGCAGGGGGCUCGGUCAUUUGCUUACAAAGACAUGCUCCCCCUUUCUGGACUAGUUUUGCUGGGUGGGGUUGCUGUGGGAAGUCCUCUCCGACCCGGUUACCAUUUUUUAGUGGCGUUUCCUGCUGGGUCCUGUUAUCUGUAGAGCUGCUGCUAAAGAGCCUGCUUGGGAUGGAAGCCCAAGAGUAGCGUUAGCUUUGCCCCAUGAGCUGUAGAGGUAAACUUUGAACAAAGUGCCUUCUGUUUAUGUUCUGUGCAAAAUGCCCUUUCACCAGAACCCCCCACCCCCUCAAGUUCCAAGUCCACAGGCAGAAGCAUAGCCUCAUGCCGUUUUACCUGUUCUGACAUUCUGAGUAGGGUUUGACACGUCACAGGUUUGUAUCCAAUGUACUCCAGUGGUUGGCUGUCUGGUUCUGCCACAUGGAUGAGAGAGGGAGGGAGAGCAAACCGGGAAGUCUGGUUUUGACAUGUUUGUGUCUUACUGGGUUUCCCUUCCACCAGACCUUUCGGUGGGAUUUGCCAGGUUGUAAGGGUGUGGCCAGCAGCUAUGGGGUCUGGUCAGAUGUGGAACUGUGUCUGUCCCUAACCACGCCCAUUCUUCACCAAAAGCACCCCAUCUGUGUGCUUUUCACCAGGUCAAUUACCAGCAAUUAUGUCUUCUGCCCUCUCCAUGGCCAAGGAGACACUUUUCUGACAGCUUGGACCCUCUCUGCCAGUACAGGGCCCCAGUACUGCCACAUCCAAACCCAUUUAAAUGAAGCUAUGCACUAUUUGAGUUAGAAUCUACAUUGUCAGUUUGCAAAUUUUAAUGCUUUUUUAAAGCAAGUUGUGCAUCAGAAUUAAUGACAUUUAUGCUCUAGCCCCCAUCUCCAAGCCCCUUUCCUUUUGUGUUGUAUGGGCUAAAUACCAGCCACAUGAUCUUAUAGCACUGCAGGUCAGUUGGGCAUAAUCAGCAUUUCACUAGUUUAGAAGAGAGAUUUAUUGGGUCAAGUCCCAGAAAUAUAUUGCACUUUAAGGCUGUGUAGGAUUACAUUAUAAACCACUCUGAACAACCACAUACUAGUCAACAAAAUCCAAAUACAUGUACAUAAAGUGUAGUAUAAGGCUGCCAGGUAUAUAAAUUGUUUGUUUUGAAUGGUAAGUCUAAAUUGUGUCACUGUUGCAAGUUGCACAGAAGCCUAUACUGCAUGCACAAUUACAUUUAAAUAGUUUAAAUAAAUAGGUUUCUUUCACGUUUACAAAUGCAGAUUGUGAAAACCAAAUAGCUAAAUCUAUUUGUACAUUCCUUAAUAGCCUAUAGCAUGUUGAACUGUUGCAUCAUUGUGGUUAUUUCUGUUGAGAGUUUCAACACAUUAAGAUCUACCACUUUUGGCAGGCAAACUUUUCUGUGUUCAGUUUUCAAGGUCUUUCCUUGACAGUGAAAUUGUAGCCACGCACACCACAACCUUGUAUUUAUUGUGAUGUUGAUGAUGAUAACUAUGGAAAAACAUAACGAAGCUGUUCCAGUAUCACUGGGAAGUAAUAAAGAUCUAUGUUUCGUAUA